UUUGUCCCCGUGCAGUACGGCCUCUAUUCUUCCUUCAUGGGCUGCUUUGUCUACUGCUUCCUGGGCACCGCCAAGGACGUGACGCUGGGUCCCACGGCCAUCAUGUCGCUGCUUGUCUCCUCUUACGCCUUCCACGAGCCUGUCUAUGCCAUCCUGCUCGCCUUCCUCUCCGGCUGCAUCCAGCUGGCCAUGGGGCUCCUGCACCUCGGUUUCCUUCUGGAUUUCAUUUCCUGCCCGGUCAUUAAAGGGUUCGCAGCGGCUGCUUCCAUCACCAUUAGCUUCAACCAGGUCAAGAACAUCCUGGGGCUGCGGGGGAUCCCUCGGCAGUUUUUCCUGCAGGUGUAUGAGACGCUGCGGCGGAUCGGGGAGACCAGGUCAGCACCAUCCCUGCACCCGCGCUGCUCCAUCCCGCUGCGGCUGCGGGGUCUCGGGCUCCGCGGCUGCUUUGCUCCCCGUCUCUUCGGUCACACCUUGGACCCGUUCUCGAGCCGCCUGCCCCGGGCUGCCCGUGCGAAGCCGCUGGUUGCCAGGGUCAGCUACCUGAUCGUCUGGACCUCUGCCACGGUUUUCAUGGUUGCUCUCUCCACUGCAGCACGCAAUGCCCUCGUAGUCCUGUUUGCUGGCCUGGUUGCUUACUCCUUCCAGGUGAUGGGCUCCCACUCCAUGGCUGCACCCAAUGGCACUGUCCCCUUCAGCAGCAUGGUGGAGGACAUGGGUGUCGGGCUGGCCGUGGUCCCGCUCAUGGGCCUGCUGGAGACCGUUGCGAUUGCCAAGGCUUUCGCCUCGCAGAACGAUUACAGGAUUGACACCAACCAGGAGCUGCUGGCUAUGGGCUUCGCCAACAUCCUCGGCUCCUUCGUCUCAUCCUAUCCCAUCACGGGCAGCUUUGGCAGCCUGACAGGCUCAAGGAGUGUGAGGAAAGGAGUAUCCCAGGAGCUGAGAGCAGGAGAGGGGGCAUCGCUGUCCCUGCUCCCACUGGUGUCUGCGGUGUCAGAGGGGUCCAUGCUCCUCGUGCAGCCGGGGAGCAGCCUCCACUUCCCUGCCAUUGAGUGCCUCCGGGACGCCGUGUGCAGCCGCACUCUGGCAGCGUCUCCACCACGCUCCAUCAUCCUGGACUGUUGCCACAUCAGCAGCAUCGAUUACACGGUGGUGGUGGGGCUGGCGGAGCUGCUGCAGGAGCUGCGCAAGCACGGCCUCUCGCUGGCCUUCUGCAGCCUGCAGGACCCUGUUCUCCAAGUGCUGCUCUCCGCAGACUUAGAAGGAUUCCAGCAUUUCCCCAGCCGGGAGGAGGCAG